AGCGCCUUCUCCUUAGCAACUGCGGGACCGCGGCGCCGCCGCCUCCGGGAGCCACGGUAUACAACAUAAUGAUUCGAUAUUUGUAUAUGUUGAGAAAAGAUCAUACUGCCAGUGACGUCUAAGCUGCUCAAGACAGGAAGAACUCUGCACUGAGCGCUGGAGGCCCCGGAUCCAGAGGGAAGAGGCAGCCUUGGAAGCAGUAAUGAGCCAUCCGGACUACAAGCCGAACCUCUGGCCCCUGGGGACCCCCAGAGGUGUAUCUUCGGGGGUUGGCCCACAUGGUGUUGGUGCUUCGCCAGGUGACAAAAAGUCAAAGAACAAGUCCACACGAGGGAAGAAAAAGAGCAUAUUUGAGACCUACAUGUCCAAGGAGGAUGUUUCAGAAGGCUUGAAGAGAGGAACACUUAUCCAGGGUGUCUUGAGAAUUAAUCCAAAGAAGUUUCACGAAGCCUUCAUUCCUUCCCCGGACGGUGACCGUGACAUUUUUAUUGAUGGGGUUGUUGCUCGUAAUAGAGCCUUGAAUGGUGAUGUGGUGGUCGUGAAGCUGCUUCCUGAGGAGCAAUGGAAGGUAAUUAAACCAGAGAGCAAUGACAAAGAAACAGAAGGCACUUAUGAGUUAGAUCUCCCUGAGGAGCUCUGUGGAAGCCAUCUCCCGCUCCAGACCCCGAAAGGCUACAGUGGCAGUCCUGAUGUCAUCAUAGAGGCACAAUUUGAUGACAGCGAUGUCGAAGAUGGGCCUUGCCACACACAAAACGUUCUCGUUGACGGUGUUAAGAAACUCUCAGUUUGCGGAUCUGACAAAGACGAGGAAACUGAGGCUCAGAGGAGUUUCUUGGCUUGUCCAGUGUCCCACAGGAAGUUAAUGUGCAGAAUAAAUUCUCCUAUCUCUGCUCUUCAUUGUGGCUUGGGACGGUGCUUAACCUCCAGGUUUUCUCGGUAUUUGACACAUUGGCGAUUGACUUUCAUUCAGCGUAGUUUGGUGCUCCCCACUGGAAAAGAAGCUACUGGAGCAUCUGUUACAAAAGAGGAGAGCCCCUCCGCGUCCCAGGACACAAGAGCUUUGCCAGAGAAGUCACUGCAAAGAUCAGCAAAGGUGGUUUACAUCUUGGAGAAGAAGCACUCGCGAGCAGCCACCGGCUUCCUCAAACUCUUGGCCGAUAAGAACAGUGAACUGUUUAGGAAAUUUGCCCUGUUCUCUCCUGUGGACCACCGAGUGCCUCGAAUUUAUGUACCUCUGAAGGACUGUCCCCAGGACCUGGUGACCCGGCCCAAAGACUAUGCCAGCACGCUGUUCAUCUGCCGCAUCGUGGACUGGAAGGAAGACAGCAAUUUUGCUCUGGGGCAGCUGGCUAAGAGUCUUGGGCAGGCUGGUGAAAUCGAGCCCGAGACGGAAGGCAUACUGACGGAGUACGGCGUAGACUUUGCCGACUUCCCUUCAGAAGUCCUAGACUGUCUCCCCAAAGUCCUGCCCUGGACGAUUCCGCCAGUGGAACUCAACAAAAGAAGAGAUUUAAGGAAAGACUGUAUUUUCACCAUUGACCCUUCCACUGCCCGGGACCUCGAUGACGCCCUCUCCUGCAAGCCACUUGCUAAUGGCACCUUUGAAGUGGGGGUUCACAUUGCCGAUGUGAGCUACUUUGUUCCCGAGGGAUCCGACUUGGAUAAAGUGGCAGCUCAGAGGGCUACAAGUGUCUACUUGGUCCAGAAGGUGAUCCCCAUGCUUCCCAGGCUGCUGUGCGAGGAGCUGUGCAGCCUCAACCCCAUGACCGACAAGCUGACCUUCUCAGUGAUCUGGACGCUAACUCCGGAAGGCAAGAUCCUUGACGAAUGGUUUGGCCGGACCGUCAUCUGCUCCUGCACCAAACUCAGCUACGAGCAUGCCCAGAGCAUGAUUGAAAGCCCACCUGGGAAGAUCCCAGCAACCGAGCUGCCCCCCAUCUCCCCCGAGCACACCAGCGAGGAGGUGCACCGCGCGGUGCUGAGUCUGCACGCCAUCGCAAAGCAGUUGCGCAAACAGCGGUUUGCGGGCGGCGCGCUGCGUCUGGAUCAGCUAAAGCUUGCUUUCACCCUGGACCACGAGACGGGACUGCCUCAAGGAUGUUACAUCUAUGAGUACCGAGACAGCAACAAGCUCGUGGAGGAGUUUAUGCUCCUGGCAAACAUGGCCGUGGCCCACAAGAUCCACCGCGCCUUCCCCGAGCGUGCCCUGCUGCGCCGGCACCCCCCGCCCCAGACCAAGAUGCUCCAUGACCUGAUGGAAUUCUGCAGCCAGAUGGGGCUGCCCGUGGACUUCAGCUCCGCCGGGGCCCUCAAUAAAAGUCUGACCGAAACAUUUGGAGAUGACAAGUACUCCCUGGCCCGGAAGGAGGUGCUCACCAACAUGUGCUCCCGGCCUAUGCAGAUGGCCCUGUACUUCUGCUCGGGGAUGCUGCGCGACCAGGCCCAGUUCCAGCACUACGCCCUCAACGUGCCGCUCUACACGCACUUCACCUCGCCCAUCCGCCGCUUCGCCGACGUCAUGGUGCACCGCCUCCUGGCCACCGCGCUUGGCUACAGGGAGCUGCCGGACAUGGAGCCCCACGCCCUGCAGAAGCAGGCCGACCACUGCAACGACCGCCGCAUGGCCUCCAAGCGCGUGCAGGAGCUCAGCACCGGCCUCUUCUUUGCUGUCCUGGUCAAGGAGAGUGGGCCCCUGGAGUCGGAAGCCAUGGUGCUGGGCGUCCUAAACCAGGCCUUCGACGUGCUGGUGCUGCGCUACGGGGUGCAGAAGCGGGUCUACUGCAAUGCCCUGCCCCUGCGGUCCCACCACUUCCGGCGGGUGGGCAAGAGGCCGGAGCUCACGCUGAUCUGGGAGCCUGAAGAGCUGGAGCAGGAGCCGGUGCAGCAGGUCAUCGCCAUCUUCAGCCUGGUGGAGGUGGUGCUGCAGGCCGAGGCCACAGCCCUCAAGUACAGCGCCAUCCUGAAGCGGCCGGGCGCCGAGGGCCUCCCUGGCCUGCGGGACGCGGCGUGACGACGAGGGCACGAGGCCACCAGCCGGCCGCCCCCACCGCUCACCUGCCCUGGCUUUUAGGAAUAGGACCUGUUGACACCAAAGGGGAUUUUUAAUUUGGAUUUUAACAACUCAGGGUUUCAUUUUAUUUUUCUCAUUCUAUUUUAUUUUUGCAGCAGUUUUUAAAUGAACUGGAGGGGAGCGGGUGGGGCUGGAGGGAAGGCCAAGGCCUGGCCAGUGCUGACCAGCCAGAGGGGUCUGCGCCCCGCCUCUGCCCGGGAAACGUGGGGCUCAUGGAAUCAGUGUCAUGGAGUAAAAUCAAGUGUGAAGUACCGCUGGUGUGUGGGCUCCGC